AAUGCCUUCACAGUUUUGUCUGCGUCGUAGAAACUUGGGUUUCUAGUGUUGAUAGCUUCUGCGACAACCACAUCGCAGGCAGCUAACCACAGAGUUCGACGCCUUGGAACAGUACGUUCACGAUUGAGGUAGAACAGUCGCCGAAAUGAUUCAUUCACCAUCAGAGCCAAUCUCAGUCGGUCGGCGGCAUCUCAUGCGCCCGGUACUGCUCGUCUUGGCGUUUGUUUUCGCCCUCUUCGUCGCCCUUGUCCAGAUCUUGACUCUUACGGCCGGCACCUGGGUAAACCGCGACAGCAACGGCACUCAACGUCUGGGGCUGUCGAGCCUCGCUAUAGUGGAGUUCGACGGCAUCAUCCCAUCGCAAACGAACCCAAACACCUACCUCGUAACAAUGCACCAAUUCGCCGCCUCCUUCGCCUACACCUACCCAUCCAAAUCCCUCGCAGGCACCCUCGACUCAUCCCCUCACCUCCCCUACGACCUCGGCGCCGUCGCCCACGCCCUUCGUCUCCCCGAGUCCGAAUGGGCAUGCUACCACUUCGCCCAAGACGCUUGCCAAAACAAUCCCUUCCUCAGCGCCUUUCGCAACUCGUGGCUCAUCCUCCCCACCGCAACAGCCAACUUCGCCCUCGUCUAUGCGCUCAUUGUAGUCUCCUACCUCUUCAUCACGGAGCUACUCAUCGCCGUACGGCCGAGCUGGCUGCGAUGCCAGUGCUACUUCUCAUGCAUCAAGCGCGUUUGUCCAUGUCCGCGCGGGACGAGAGCGGAGAUUGAGGCGCUGCCGCCGGUGUUUUGGGAUCGGUAUCGCGGGUGGUGCUGGUUUAUGUUGCCGGCUGCGGCGUUUUUGCCGGCGUUCACGUUGGGAGGGAAUGGGAUGCUGCUGAAGGAGUAUGUUAACCGGCCAAGGGGUCUAGAGGGGGAUGUCAAUGGGCGGUUUGGGACGGGUUUUGUGAUUUUGCAGGCGCUUUGCUUCGCGGCUUCGGUUGCGGGGGCUGGGUGUAUGGUGAUGAGGAGACGAUUGGGGAUGAGGAAGAGUUGGAUGGGGGAGCAGGGUGUUGGGUUGAAGAGAGGGGCCUGAGUCGAUUGCUGGCGAUACUCAGAGAUAGAGAGAAUGCGAUGAUUUCCUUGCGUCUGGUUGAAUGAGAGCAUCCAACUCUGAUCCGAUCCGAUGCCGCGCCGGUCCGGCAGAGAAACCGGAGCUCCUGGGCGGAGUGUGGAGCCAGCAACCCGCAGAAUGCCCACUUGGAGCCGGCAAUGUGACGAUCGGGACCGGUCCACUGCGUCAGAUCCGAUCCGAUCUGAUCUCUGCCACACAGAGAGCAUGGGGUUGCUUGUCGUUGCGUAGGACACGAGUACCCACGCCUCUCGAGCAGAAGUUCUUCCACUUGAAUAAUCACACCAUUUCGCA